CGGGCAACAAAAUGAUCAACAUAAAUUGGGCGUUUCAAGCGAACUUCCAACUACCAUGGAACAGAUCCCAAAUACCCUUGGACGUACUCGAGGCUAACUCCGGCUAUGUAGGUAUGUCUAGAAAGAAAAGGGACGACAAUAGCAUUUAUGGGGAGCUGGAAAGAGAUGGAGAUUAUGAAAAUGAUGCUAAGUUGUAUCAUUUUUAUAAAUACGUGGAGGAGAUUUUGGCAGGUUUAGGACAUAACGGGUCAUCAUGUGUACUAAAAACCUUGUGUCAACUUGGCGCCGAACCUCUUCAUUCUGAUGAUAAAGAAGAUCUUCUUCACGAACUUGCCAGCUUUGUUCUUAAUCCAACAAAUGACGCAGACCAUGGAGUGACAGAGAAAGACGACCAGUACCAUUACAUACGAGCAUACCAUCGUGGCCAUAAUGAUGAAGAUUGUGUUACCUUGUAUAAUGAUUGUAAAGUUUCUGUAAUUGAUAUGUUUACAAAACUUCAUGAGAAGUACUACCACCAUUCUUAUUUCUCCCACCAAGCUGUAAUGUGA